CUCCGGCCAUCCAUCCACAAGACGUCACACAAACAUACAUUCCACCUGAACCCUGGUAAACAAGGCCCCCGCCAAAAGCUAUAGAAAUCCACCCCUCCCUCCUCUUUCCUUCAAAAGAAACUUACUACUGCUCUCAUGCAAAGAUUUACUUUUCUUGCCCGAGUAUCUUCCCAGACGGCAAAUCAUAGACUUUCUUCUCUUUCUCGUCAAUUCUCUGCUACAUCUUUCAACAUGGCGCCUAUCACUAAAGAGUGUGAUUUUUUGGUUAUUGGUGGUGGAAGUGGCGGUUUGGCUACAGCUAGAAAAGCAAGUGGUGUUUAUGGUGUUAAGACUAUUGCUGUGGAAGCCAAGAGACUUGGAGGUACUUGUGUUAAUGUUGGGUAAGUUAUUCUUCAUUCUUCUCCUUCUCCAAAAGACAUUACUAACAUAACAAUAGCUGUGUACCAAAGAAAGUUACAUUCAAUGCAGCAGCAAUCGCAGAAGCUAUCCACGAUUCCAAAGCUUACGGAUUCUCUGUCGAAACUACCGCACCAUUCAACUGGUCAUAUUUCAAGAACAAGAGAGAUGCAUUCAUCAAGAGAUUAAACGGCAUUUACGAGAGAAAUCUCGGUAACGAUAAAGUCGAGUAUAUUCACGGCUGGGCAUCUUUGACUGGAAAGAAUGAAGCGGAAGUUACAUUAGACGAUGGUACCAAACAAACAAUCAGAGCUAAGAAGAUUCUCCUGGCAGUUGGUGGUCGCCCUACUGUUCCUCAGGGUAUCCCAGGUGCAGAGUACGGAGUAGACAGUGAUGGAUUUUUCGAUAUUGAGAGACAACCUAAGAAAGUUGCUUUGAUUGGUGCUGGAUAUAUUGCCGUUGAAUUCGCAGGCAUGUUUAAUGCUCUCGGAACGGAAACUCAUUUAUUCAUUCGUCAUGAUAAGUUCCUUCGAAGCUUUGAUCCUAUGGUUCAAGAAACUGUCACUAAUGAAUAUGAACGUUUGGGUGUUAAGUUGCACAAGAACUCUGUUCAGACUAAGAUUGAAAAAGAUGAGAAGACGGGUAAACUGACCAUUCACUACGAGGACUCGAAUGGAAAGAGUACUCUUGAGGAUGUGGAUGAUUUAAUCUGGGCUAUUGGAAGAUCCCCCGAAGUAGAUGGCUUAGGGUUGGACAAAGCAGGUGUCAAACAAAACGAAAGAGGUCAAAUCAUCGCCGACGAAUAUCAAAACACCAAUGUCGAAAGCAUCUACUCAUUAGGUGAUGUAAUUGGCAAAAUCGAAUUAACACCCGUAGCCAUUGCCGCUGGCCGUAAAUUGGCCGAUCGUCUAUUUGGAGGUCCCGAAUUCAAAGAUUCAAAACUCGAUUACGAUAAUGUUCCUUCUGUUGUCUUUUCCCAUCCAGAAGUUGGUUCUAUUGGUCUCACCGAACCAGAAGCUAUCGAACGUUACGGAAAGGAAAAUAUUAAAUGUUACAAUACUAGUUUUACCGCAUUAUAUUAUACCAUGAUGGAACCUGAAGAUAAGGGACCUACGAAGUAUAAAUUGGUGUGUCUAGGACCUGAGGAAAAGGUUAUUGGUCUCCAUAUUUUGGGAUUGGGUAGUGGUGAGAUGUUACAAGGAUUUGGAGUGGCUGUUAAGAUGGGUGCUACGAAGAAGGAUUUCGAUAGUUGUGUGGCUAUUCAUCCUACUAGUGCUGAGGAAUUGGUUACUAUGAAAUAGAGCGGAUGAGAAUUGGGGUUUAGAUUAGAGAGAGUAGGAAUAGAUAGAUAGAUGCUUGGCAUGAUAGAUUUUAAAUGAGGAAUGAGAAUGGUAUAUUCUAUGAUUUAU